CAAUUCUGCGCAAAGUGUUAUAACAGCUUCUGUUGAAGUGAAUUAACCUUACAGGGAAACUCAGCUCGACUGGUCAGAUACCAACCCCGCCUGCAUUUCGACGCAAGGGAUAAAGCGCGCUGCAAAAUACUCAGCUCGCGGCCACUCAAGAGCCAACUUUAUCCUUUCUCCUCCGAGCUGAACUGAAACAGCCUCCUGCUUCUCUCACGAAGCGUUCUCCAUCUCAACAUGCUGUUCGCCCCUCUCAUGCUUGGGGCCGUCUCGCUCCUCCCUCUAGCCCAAUGCACCCACCAAGGGACCAAACCAAUCUAUCUCUCCAACCAAGUCCCCAUCGCACCAAAGUCAGUUCCUAACUUCGGGUCCAACUACGCCGUGCUAAAUCUCGACCUCAUCGAUGCGAUCGUCGCGAACGUGAACACCACCGAUGAGGGGAAGAAGUGGAUAGAAAACACAGCAACGUGGAUCGACGCCGUCCACGAUCAAAACCCCCCACCCCUGAACAUCUUCACGCGCAUCUACUUCUCGACAUCGCAGCUCCCAGAAGUCGGUCCCGACACGCCAUUCGCGUCUGUCGCGAAAGGACUAGGGAAUUUGACCGAGUCCAGCGCCAAGAGCCAAAUUUACAAGGCCUUCAAGACAGAGGAUGAGGACGUGGUCGUGCCGAAGACGAGGUACUAUGCUGGAGCGGGGAACUCGAUUGAGGAGAUAUUGAACAGCCAGGGGGUUGAUACGGUUGUUUUGUCUGGGAUUCGGACCUCGGGAGUCAUACUGGCGACGGCGUUGCGGUUGUUUGAUUUGGAUUAUAAUGUGUAUGUGAUUUCAAAUAAUACCAUCGAGCCUGAUCCUUCUGGGGAUAAGAUCCAAAACUCGAUUCUGUACGACAUCUUCCCGAAGAUUCCGGUCAAGGUGAUUACCCUUGAGGAGGCACUUGAGGGGUUGAAGGCUUCGAGGUAGGGUUGUAUGAGUUGAGAGAUCGGUGAAUGGGCCAGUGUUUAUUUCCGACUGAAGUAUGAGAAUAUCGGAGCGGGUUAUAUCAGGCAGAUAAUUCGCAUGUGGACAGUCAG